ACACCGAAACAGGUCCAGCCCAGAUCCGAUAACAACUAAUAUGGUACCAUUCGCAAUUGAAUGCUUUUUUUCCUUUUUCUUUUUCCUUUCCGCAGGGAUGUAGGUAGCAGAUUACCUUACCCAGCAUGUCGAGACUCGGUAUAAUCCUAUAGAAUUCAGUCUAUCUGACAUAAGAAAAGUUGUUGUUGUUUCCGGCCGUUACAUUAUUCUUAUAUUUCGAACCAACUAUAGUAAGCAUGGAGUUGUUGUUAUCUGUAGGAAGAAAGUCAGAAUUGAUGGAAUUGUCAGAUGAAAAUCAUUGGCUUUAAGAUCUAAUACGUGUUAAGGUUAGGCCUGAAAGCAUGUCAGAUUACAGUACUCCACCUGUUGGAACCUUGAAUUAUAGGUACCGAAUAGGGAGCGUGUAGUGGUCGUGGGGCGUUAUGCAUUCUUCAUUCGGAUGUUGCACCAUCAUCGGUAUCGGAUAACUCACAACCUCUGGUUACACAAACAUACCAAGAAAGAAAAGAGAAGAAUUUUUUUCUCUUUUUCUUUUUCUCCCUGCCUAGAUCAUGGUUGACGAAGUUGGCGCCGUGCAUAGCGUCGGCGGACAUGUUAGCCAAUUAUUGAGGUCCAUCGGGAAUUGGAGCAGGCCUAGCGGCCAUGGCCUCUACAUGUUCCGAUCUAUGUUUGUGGCGUCUUCAACUGCGGCUUUCGUAGGCCUAGCAGCCGCAGCUGUAGGCGGCAUCCUCACAGGCAGCGGGAGCAUGGGCUUCCUCCUAGGCUCAUGCGUAGGUUUUGCCGGCGGUGCUGUACACUACUACCGCUCGUGCCUACAACAAGCUCUCGCAGCUGUCGAUGAGCACCCUCGCCUCAUGCAACUCCAUCUAUCCUACAACUUCCCAUGGCGCGGAUACCAACAACUCCCCCACAGACUCUUGCGUUCAGAGCGCUGGUGGCGUGCAGGACCCUACGCACGCCAAGGGAAUCUGAUCGCCGCGUGGCAAAGCGCGAGUGCUGCUCUUGAUGAAAUUCAUGAUCGGAGGACGGCUGUCGUGCUUGAAGCUGCAGUUGCCGAGGAAGCAGCUAGAGGAUUAAUUGGCGAUGGUGAUGAGAAAAAUGAAGGCGAAUGGAAGGGAGAGGAAUGAGAGCGUGCGCAACUUGUCUAAUUGUUCACGUCAUCGGAAUAAAGAAGCCAUAGCUAGUUAAUACAUUAAACAUCAUCAUUUUAGACUUGCUA